GACGCCGUGGUUCUCUCUCUGGUUGUUGUAAUUGUAAUGAAAAGUGAAAAAGGAAAAAAGGGAAGAGAUUGAGAAAAGAGAAAUGAGCUUAACAUCGACGGUAGCUUACGUUGCUCGGCGCGCGGCGCAGAGGGAGAAGGUUCGGAUUCUGUAUCGCCGUGCUCUUAAAGACACUCUCAACUGGGCUGUACAUCGUCACCUCUUCUACGACGACGCUUCAAACCUCCGCGAUAGGUUCGAGCAAAACAAACACGUGGAAGAUCUUGAUACGAUUGAUAGGUUGAUAGCGGAUGCUGAAGCUAGCUACAAUAAGUGGCGCCAUCCCGAUCCUUAUAUAGUUCCAUGGGCUCCUGGUGGUUCCAAGUUUACUCGCAACCCAGCUCCACCUCAAGGGAUUGAGAUAAUUUAUGAUUAUGGCCGUGAAGACAAUAACUGAAACCUUUGAUUUUCUUUUGCCUCUUGCAAUUAAUAAAGAUUUGCAAUCAAAUUGUUCUGUAUUAUUACUAGAUUGUGGAUUAAAUCACCUUUUACUGGUAUGUGAUAAAAAUUGAACAGUUAUGAUGUCGAAAAUAUUUAAUCGCUUCUGAACCAGUUGGUUCUUGUAACCUUUUAUGUGUUAAGCCUUUCAUUGGUACUUGUUAGUGCAUGUUGGGAGUUUUUAAUAAACCAAACUUACUCCAUAAA